CAUCUUUUUGUGGUAAGCUCAUUACAUAAUCUUACUCAAAAUGGUUUAAGCUAGACAAAACAACAUGAAGUGCAUUUUGCUGAUAGUAAUAUACAUUGUAUAUUUGAAUAGCGCACUGGCAUCCAACGGCUGCCCUGAAGAUUGGUCUUAUUACGGAGAGUCUUGCUACGCCUAUGUGAACUUCAAAGAAACGUGGACAGGCGCGGCGGAAAUCUGUGAACGAUUUGGGGGCUUCCUGGUUGAAAUAGACUCAUCUUCGGAGAAUGACUUCGUGAAGCAGUUACUCAGGAACAGUGGUGCUGGAAGCGUAUGGACAGGUGGUAAUGACCUGUUAAGGUCAAGAAGAUGGAGUUGGUUAUUCAGCGGUAAUAGAAUCAAGUUUACUGAUUGGGCGCCUGGAGAACCACAUGCAACUUCAACCGAGCGAUGCAUUCAGUUGUGGCGUGACAGGUCGUUCUCAAUGGGACGAUGGGACUUGUGUUGCACAACGUGCCUUUGUGUGUGAAAGGAGGUACGUAUCGAUAGCUGACGUCUUGUUUCAUUACAGUACAUGAGCAUACAAAUACACAAGUCUGUAAAAGUGAUGUCAUAUAAACUCGUAACCUCAUA